AUGCUAACUAAUUUACAAAAUUCUUCGUUUAAACCCCCGAAUGACAAAACUACAUCCCCGAAUUUUGUUGAAAUCAUCUUCCAAAUUCAAAAAGAAGCUUCUUCUGCUAGACCUUCUUAUACAGAGUCUACCCCGCAAGUUAUCAACGAAACUAACUCACAAAAUACGAAUGAAACUCUCACUCCUGCUACAUUUUUUGCAAACGAAACAAACACUUCUUCUGUUAACAAUAAUAUACACGCUAAACCUACACACUCUGAUUAG